AUGGGCAACUUCGGAUAUAUCGCCUUGAUUAGCAUGGUUGCUAGCAUGGCCCAUCCCAUCCUUGCAACUUACUCGCCCGGCAAAGGAGGGCAAAUCAACUUUUAUACGGAUACCAAGUGCUCGCAUUACAACGGAGAAGUAGCCUGCUGGUGGAAUAAAACACCAUUUAUCGGUCUGGCGUACGAGGGAGGUGGCCCUGGCGACUGUUUCCAGCUCAACAUGCCCGGUAAUUCCCAGUCGAUUAAUAUAGCUGGCAUGUGGAAGAGCGGUGGAGGUGCAGAUUCUGGCGGUUCUGCUUCGAGCCAACCGGAUGAGCCCCCACACCCCUCAUUUGAGGAGCUUCGGAGCAAUGAGGAGCGCGUCCUCUUCUCUCCCGCCGCCAAGCGUCUCUACUGGCCUCUAGAAGGCGUCUUUCCUUCCGCGAUAUCCGUCAUGAGGACCUCUCGCAGCGUGGUCGAGCUUGAACCCUUCUUCAGACCAGACACCAGCGGCAGCGGUAGUGGCACCUGGCAUGAGAUCUCAUCGCUGCCUCUGACCGACCCAAAGGUCUCUUCUGUUGAGGCUUCACUACGCGACCUUGAUCAAUGGGAAUCUGAUUGGCUAGCAUGGCAUAGGGACCAUACUGCAUCUGAGUUUAGCGCUGAGUAUAUCACCUAUGGAGAUCUCAGCGAUGAAGAGCGACCCUACGCAAAUGAGCCCAAUCAGGAUGGCAGCUGGGAGGAUGACUCCGAUGCUGAGUUUCUCAUACGCUGUUGCGAAAACGAUAGGCCGCUCAGGAAGGGAGGGCUAAAGAUUAAAGUUACAUCAUCUGCAGGCAACAACUUUGUCACUGUGCAUGAUUAUGUCAGUGCCGUGCAUCCAUGGCUCAUGGGCUUACGUGGGGAUAUCAUGCGAGCAAAGGCUGUCGCACGUCCCGUGCCUUAUGUUGAGUCAAUGGCCAACACCGAGUGGAUUGUUAGCAACUUGACUGCGCCGCAACACGAGAUACUGACGAAAGAACUUUGGAUAGAGAUGCAUCGCCCGCCACGCCCAUUGGACGCUGCAACCUCUAGAUUUCUGCAAAGAGUAGGCGCAAGAACGGUCCGGUAA